AUGAAGGCAUUUUUCGACAAGGCGAAGAGGAAGAUCGAGGCGGAGAUCGCGGCCAUCACCGGCGACGACGACGAGCCCCGACCGGCGCCACCGCCUCCGGUGCCGACGGACAGCCGGCCGCCGCACCAGCAGGGGCCGCCUCAGGGGUUCGAGCGGGCCGUGUUUGCGCAUUUCAUGUUGAGUAACACCUGCGAUUACACCGUGGAUGAAUACAAGGUCGACAUCGGCCUGGCUCAAGAGGCGCAUAUUGAUGGCUUCGUGGUGAACUUUGGAAUCCACGAAGAGGCGAUCGUGAAGCUCCCUGAGUUCUUCUUCGCGGCUGAGCAGACUGGAUUCAAGCUGCUCCUGUCGUUCGACUAUGAGGGAGCUGGAGCUUGGCCCAAAGAGAGAGUCAUUGAGUUGCUGAAUCGGUUUGGACCCUCUCCUGCGUACUUCAAGCGCGGAUGGCAACCAGUUGUUUCCACCUUUGAGGGAACCGGUAACGCUGCCGACUGGCAUGACAUCAAGGCCGCGACCGGAUGUUUCUUCAUGCCCUCAUUCUCGUCAAUCGGCGCUGAGAACGCCGUGAACACCGGUGUCACCGAUGGUCUCUUCAGUUGGGCAGCAUGGCCGCACGGCAACACUCGUAAGAUGGAUCCCGGCUUGGAUGCUUCAUACCGUCACUUCUUGGGGAACAGACCGUACAUGGUUGCCGUUUCACCGUGGUUCUACACCAACCUCCCAACUUGGAACAAGAACUGGGCUUGGAAGGGCGAUGAUCUGUGGAACGAUCGCUGGAACGAGAUUCUUCAAAUAAGACCUGAAUAUGUGCAGAUUAUCUCGUGGAACGACUUCGGCGAGUCCCAUUACAUCGGACCCCUCCACGAGAAGCAAUUUGGCGCUUUCGAGUACGGCAAGGCGCCGUUCAACUACGUCAGAGAUAUGCCUCACGACGGCUGGCGGCUUCUGCUCCCUUUCCUCAUCGACCUGUACAAGAACGGCCAUGCCAUCAUCAACCGGGAGGGGGUAGUGACGUGGUACCGCAUACACCCCGGCCACGCAGGCGACUGUGGAGGUACCACAGGCAACGCACCGAGUCACGGCCAGGAGUUGCAUCAUCCGUCGGAGAUCAUGGAGGACAAGGUCGUGUUCUCGGCACUGCUCACCGGGCCCGCUUCGGUGACGGUGAGCAUCGGUGGUGUGCCUCAAGAGGCUUCAUGGGAUGAUGAUGGAGUACCGAACGGCGGCGUUGGUGUCUACCACGGCAGCGCACCCUUCAACGGUAGACUGGGUGAAGUCGUCGUGACUAUUCACAGAGGAGCAGACGUUGUCGCCCAGGUUCAUGGCCGGCCAAUAACCGAAGAGUGCACAGAAGGUAUCAACAACUGGAACGCUUGGGUGGGAGGCUCUCAUGCACCGGUUGGUACACACGCUGUCGCGCAUUUGGGAUAA